AUGCUCGCAGCGAAACGACGACGUGUUCCGCACCGAAAAACCUAUUCACUCCAUAAAUCCGUAAAUCGUAGAAAAAACAUGAAGUUUCUGACUUUGCUGCUCGUCCUGGGAAUGUUGAUCGCCCUCUUUGCCGGAUCCUCGGAGGGCAGCUUUUGUCCUUGCGAUCUGAAGACCAAGGGCAGUGAGGUCUGCGGCUCGAAUGGUGUUACCUUCAAAAACCGCUGCGAGUUCGAGUGCAGCCAAAGGGAUUACAAGAAACUUGGACGCACCCUGAACAUCAGGAAUGAAGGACCUUGCAGCUCGACGAUCUGAAAUGUUAAUACAUCUUCGGUCCAAAAUGAGAUCCAUAGAUACUGUAGUGAUGAGUGCGGUGAGAUAGUUCUUGAGAUGAAUAAGUAACUAUCAAAAGCUUAAUACUCUUGUUGAAACCAUCUGAAAAUGCUUUCUCUCGUUUAUCAGUAAUGUAUAUUAUAACCAAGAUACUCAAAACAAAUAAAGCCGUGUGUUUAUUAAUUAAA